AUGAAUUUCUCAAGUCCUAUUGUUACCGAUGCUCAAGCCCUACUGAUACCAAAUAGCUUCGAUACUCGAGCAAUCGGUGCAACUGCUGCUGGGCCAUUCCUUGUGCGGUUAUGUAAGAUGGCUCAUCAUGACGUUCGAUAUGAACGCAUUCGAUCGGUUGAACGCCCAGAACCCGGUGUAACGAAAAGUCUGAAGAUUUAA